GACCCGGGCUUGUAGAUCUUGUACGUAUCAUUGAUGAGCCCUUCGUACAGAACUCUGUCCAGACUCCAUUCAAGAUUAAACUUUUGGCUGCAGCCUGCAUCGCAUUCCAUAAAAGAGUCUGGAUCGUCCUUGCCUCGCCUCGUUCGCUCGUUCGCUCGUUCGCUCGUCCACCCGCUCAGUGCCGCCCGCACCUGCCAAAAACUAUUGACCUAUUUUGGUCUGCGACCCUUGCUACUCGCCCUCUCCCAUGCCUCACAUGGAGAAAAUGUUAUUUUAUUGAUCUUUGCUUCUCUCCGUCUCUCUCGUCUAUUGCAAAAACAACAUUCAUCUGCUCUGUUGGACAUUACUCUUUACAUUGCUUUUUCGAUCAUCUCUACACGUCAGACGUGCAUUUCUGGCUCAUUAUUCAUCCCAAGUACGAAUAUUCAGCCUUAUCGCUUCUUAUCGCAUGCAUUCGCACUGAAGGACGGUCGUCUUCGGAAAAGCCGAGGAACCAUUCUAUACUUGGUGCCUACCUGUCGACAUAGCUAUUGGGUCUAUCAUCUUGUGGUUCAGUUUCUGAAUACUCUGAUUUGUCUUAAACCUGCGCACAUCACAAUAUCCAACAUUCAGAACCAGACGUUUACUUUUCACAUCUGCUAUUCUUUCCUCUUGCUUUGGCUCGCGCAUUUUCAAUAUCUUUCCGAUUCGAGAAUCCACCGUCGGAGGGAGCUUUCCAUUGCAAUGUCAAUAACAGCGGCAAGCUACGAGCGAAUAUCCAACAAAUACGAACCGCCUUCGAAAGGGAUAGUUGAUAUCUAUUCCCAAAAGGGCUUUGUAUUGGAUAGCAACGGUGAUUCACGGUGUGUAAAAUCGAUCGAAGAGUUACCUGUUCAAUUACCACCUUCGCCAGCCGAUAGUGACAUGAUGGAUCUUAGUCGGCCAUCGCCACCGACCUCUCCAAUCAUUCUUGAAGGUCAACGAAUUACUAGAGAUAUUUCACGCGGUACUCCUGGCGAUAUGCAGAAAGCGAGUGUGCCCAAAUCACCAGAGCAAAAGCAGUUGGCAAAGAAGAGAAGCCAGUAUUAUGGUGAUGCGUUUGCAUAUCGAGAACCGGCCGGAAGUGCGAGAGAAAGAGUGAGCAGGGAUAGUAUGGUUCUUUGUGAACUGGUCACAAAUGUUAUUAUGCGUGAAGAACACACCCUUCUCACAAGUCUCUCUAAUCUUCUUUCAACCCGCUAUCAGCGUCCUGAAUCCUCCAUUUUCGUCACCCUCAAGCACUCCGCAUGCUUUAUCGUAGCUGGAACUUUCGAACCUGCGUAUAUCAUGACUAUAACUGCACUUCCAUCACAAAUGCAACCGACUACGAACAAGAGGAAUACAUCGUUACUCCAAAAUUAUAUGGCCACCACUGAAUUAUAUGUUGAGCCAGAGCGUGGUAUUAUUAAGUUUGUGCCAUUGGCCGAGGAGAAUUUCGCAACAAACGGGAAGACGGUUGCUGGUGAGAUAGAAGAACUAGAACGAGAAGCUGCAAAUGAGGCUUCAGGAUUCCGCAACUUACAUCCGUCAGGAAGUGUAAAGAGUAAGAAGAGACAGGCUGCAAAGUCUUCUAAGAGCCAAAAAUCCAGGAAUUUAGAAACCCAUGAUGAAUAUACCCCAUCUGUCAGUUCGAGGGCAACACUUAUGGCAACUCAUGACGAUGCAUUGGAUACCAAGGCGUUGAAUGUGCAGAAGUUGGGGAGAAGAAAAAGUUUUAUGGCUGCAGUUUUUGGAAGCAAGUCCAAGUCUUGAAGAUAGUGAAAUGGUACACGUUAGAAGAUGGUUCAAAUGAAACAUCUCUAGGGGAAAUUUACAUUGAUGGGGAAGAUGUGGUCUAGCGACCCACAAAAGUAUAAAAGUGCUUGCAUUAUGGUUAUCUGUGUAGCGACGGAGUUUACAGGGAAUAUGAUACCUGCAAUACAUGGAUGGAUGGAAAAGGUCGAUACGAUCAAUGGGAUAGGAGAAGACAUUGUGAAAGGGUUAUUGCUUCACUGGUUGGAUACGGCGUCACAUUAUAAGAUUGGCAAGGUGGUCUCUAUGGAUAUAUUACCGGGGGCUUUCUCCCAUGCUGACUAUGGAAUAAAAUUAGUAGAGGGUUUUCACGGAGUGGGCGGAAUGGAGUGGAAUGGAAUGAAUAAUGUUAAUAAUAGGAUAUAAAAGUUGAACUGCUCUUGGGUUUUGCUACAAGGCUUGAACAAGAGGCAUAAUAUUAAUACCGUGACGGGACUCUACUUGAAUGAUUACUAUGUCGGAAUGA